AUGGAGCUGACGUUCCAUGUUGGUCUGGAUGAAGGAGGCUUGAAGCGAAAGCGUCCGCAAGGUGCUUGUGAGAGCUGCCGCCGCCGAAAGAAAAAAUGCCAUCAUGGGGAAGGCGGGCCGGGAUCUGUAUCUCCAGUAUCCCUUCCGCGGGCUCGGAAGUUCAUAGCCUAUGCUCCAUCCCAGGGGGAUCGCUCAUUGAUAUCAUCUUCGCCUUCCUCGCCGCCAGAUCCUGGCAACGAGGUGACUGGCGAUGAGAAAUCAAGCAGUGCUAAAUGGCCGAGUCGAUUCCCACCGAAAGAUAGAAGUGGAGGCAUAAGCUCUGUUCCUGACGAUGCUCCGGCUAGCCGUUUUCUCGGGAACUUGAACCCCCUCGCAUUUUUGGCAUCGGAUGAGCGAGCAAGACUACUACCGGGCCAUGCGGACCGGAAUGGUGUCGGUAUGUGGCUGGAUCGGGAAAAUGAAAUCCUUCAGCAGGAGGGAGAGGUCUAUCACAGCUUGCCGGCCCUCCGUCAUGGGCCGCCGAAGAUCAAGGCUGUUUUGCCUACCAAACAAAGUCAGAGGGCGCUGAUAGAUGUAUACUUCCAACGUCUGAACCCGGUCCUUCCACUUGUGAACGAGGAUCAUUUUCGUGCGCAUCUUGAUCAAGGCACGGUCUCACCAUAUCUGCUACAAGCUAUUUGCUUGGCAGCCUCCAAAGAUCAUCGUGCUACACCCUUGUUGCGCAUGGCGACUCAGUCCACCCCGCUGUCAUUUCAGUCAUUCAGCAAACUUCUAUAUGAUGACCUCACCCACUCCAUUGCACUAAAAUAUGAAAAGAAUAAAGUUAGACUGAUCCAAAUAUUGUCUCUGCUGUCGCUGCAUGUAUCCGACUCUGAGAGCAGCGAAAUGGCACCCUUAUAUCUCGGCCAAGCUGUUCAUCACGCACACACUCUUGGCUUGCAUUUAGGAAAGCACACGGCCAACAUGGAAGACAAAACGCUUACGAUGCUAUUUUGGUGCCUGUGGAGCCUGGAUCGAUGGAAUGCCGCCAUUAACGGAAGACCCCUUGCUAUUAAUGAUCUUGAUAUGGGCCAGGAUCUCGCCUCAAUGAUGCCGCUCUUUGAUAAACCCUUCCGCGUCUGGAUGUGCGUUUCUUCUGCGUUGGGGAAAGCCUUGGAACUGUACCGACCAGCUCGAGAUCUCACUGGCAAUAGCGACAACUUUGAUAUUCCCACGUUUGAGGCAAUCCUUGACCAAUGCAAUGGCUGGGACUUGCCAUUGGAUCAGAUAUUGACCUUCGAGCUAGCGUAUCACGCAGUUGCGCUGAUAGCAUCCCGGCUCCUGGAUCUCACCACUUUCCCCCGCUCACAAACAACCAAUCUCAACCGAGACUUAUCAGUAUACCGUAUUUCUGUUUUGAGUACGAUGUCCGACAUGAGCCAAUUCAUCCCGCUACCCAUUGUGGCCUACGCCAUUUCCCUGGGGUUCUCCCUGUCUUACAAAACCCUGAAAGCAAGCCAAUUGCUCAGCAGGCAAUAUGUCGUAAAACAGCACCUGCAGACAUUCUACGACUGCCUCAAAAUCCUAAGUCCGAAGUGGUUCUCCGCACAGGUUAUGGUGCGGCUUGGACUGCGGGCGCUGGAUCGUAUCCAGCGUGUCACCGAGAAAGACCCUCAGAUCCAGACAGAGGCGGCCAUGACGAGCAGAGAUUCUCCAAUACCCCGACUACCUCCGAUGUCGCAUUCAGUGCGGAUGGCGGAGACAUCAAAUACGCCAGGUCAUGAUGAGAGAAUUUUUGAGGCUGGUGAAGGGCCCAGCGUUGGCGAUGACUUGCCGGCCCUACCUCCAAACCCUGAAUCCUAUGAUUUUACUGGUGUUGGAGCCGCGGAUUUCUACUACUCAGCCAUGGAUCCAAUGUUUGCGGACAUUGAUAAUUUCUUGGGUGAUUUUUUGAACUUUAAUUUGCCAGACUAA